UGAAUUUCCAUUUUCUCUAUAAAAAGAGUGAACAUCAUUCUCCCAGUUUGUCCCUAGUGUCAUGACACUCACAAAUUUCAUCUCCAUCGUUGGAAAAACAAAACAAAAACGAGCAUUUUGUUUUCCAUAGCAAAAAAAAUGUAAUGGGCCAAAUUUAGAGUGGCUGAAAAAGGUAUAAUUCAAUUGAAGUCUCUAAAAUUACUCUGGCUUUCAGUAGGGAUAAAUAUGCCCCAGGGUUACCAUGCGACUGACUCAUUCUAUUGUGGGCUUAUCACUUUUAUAUCCAGGUCCUUUUAAGGUAUCUACGUCAACAAUGAUAUAAAUACUGUUUUUCUCCAAAAGAAAAUUGGGUGGGGAGAAUUCCCAUUGAACUAUGGUUAGGUCCUAGCCUUAAAAUCUUCAAGUAAUAUCAGUGUAUUGUACUAUGGCUACACUGCAAACAUAAUUUUGCAGUUUACCUUUUUUAUAGAAUAUGCAGACUUAGAAAUGUCAGACCCACUGCUCCUCUUUAAAAGCCGAACAUCUGAAAACCUGGAUUUUGGAUCUUUAUGACCUGUAGUUUGCCAGUGACGCUCUUGAUACACUUGCCAGGCAAUGUGAGAAUCCGCUAUCCAGGUUUUACUUUGAUCUUGAAGCUUCUCACGCUGAAACUAUUAAAGCAAUGAGCAGAACUUAGGAGAGGAUUUGCUUCUUGGUUUAUUAUUUAAUAGAAAAUGCCUUCAAAAGUAUAACCAGAAACCUUGGACCAGUUUUUCACAGGAUUUCUGAUUGCCAUGGCUGCAGUUGACAGUUUCUACCUCUUGUAUAGGGAGAUUGGUCGUUCCUGCAGUUGUUAUAUGGAGGCGCUGGCUUUAGUUGGAGCCUGGUAUGUGGCCAGAAAAUGCUUCGCUCUUGUGUGUGAUUCUUACAGCUUGAUCAGGUUGCAUUUCAUCCCCAAGCUGGUGAGCAGGGCUGAUUUUGUCAAGCAGUAUGGAAGAUGGGCUGUAGUCACUGGUAGCACAGCUGGCAUUGGAAAAGCCUAUGCUGAAGAACUGGCAAGCCGUGGCAUCAACAUUAUCUUAAUCAGCCGGAGCAAAGAGAAGCUGGAGGCCGUAGCUAAAGACAUAACCGAAACCUAUAACGUUGAAACUGCUGUUAUAGUAGCAGAUUUCAGCAAAGGUCGUGAGAUUUACUCUUCCAUUAAGGAAGCCCUCAGAGACAAAGACAUUGGGAUUUUGGUGAAUAAUGUAGGAGUGUUUUAUACCUACCCGGAAUAUUUUACCAAGUUGUCUGAGGACAAACUAUGGGAAAUUGUCAAUGUAAAUAUUGCUGCCGCUAACAUGAUGGUGCAUAUAGUGCUGCCAGGGAUGGUACAGAGGAAAAGAGGUGCGAUUGUGAAUGUUUCUUCUGGAUCCUGCUGCAAACCCACACCACAGAUGGCAGCGUAUUCAGCCUCCAAGGCCUACUUGGACCACUUCAGUAGAGCACUACAUUACGAAUAUGCUUCAAAAGGAAUCUUUAUUCAGAGUUUAAUCCCAUUCUUCAUCUCCACAAACAUGACACAAUUUGGUGAUCGCAUUCUGUCAAACAAGUUUUUUUUUGUGCCUUCAGCUAAAGUAUAUGCACAUCAUGCUGUUUCCACCCUUGGGAUAUCCAGAAGGACUACAGGAUACUGGAUCCAUUCUAUUCAGUUUCUGCUUGUACAGUACAUGCCAGAAUGGUUCUGGGUUUGGGGAAUGCAGAUUCUCAACAGAGCUCUACGUCAGGACGCCUUAUCCCACAGAAUAUAUUAGGAAUAUCCUCUAGGAAAUAGCCAAUGUGCUAAACUACUGCAGUAACCUAAUUUGAGCAUUGGAAGAACUCUUUUUAAAAAAAACAACAAAAAACAGUUUGCUAAUAUGUUUUCAUCACAAACAAUAUACGUACCAUAGUUACCAGAGAAGCCUGGAUCUGCCCCUCUCUUUGUACUACUGGGCCCAGAGCAAAAGCUGAGCAGGACAUAACUGUUUUUUGUCUAGUUUAGUUCAGAUAGUUAAAUCUCUGAGUUUCUCAUGUAAUUGAAUGAGAGUGGGCGGGGUACUGAUCCUGCAUGGAAUUGACUGGUUAUGGAAAUUCUAAUAAUAUGAAUGGGAAUUUAGAUAGCCCGGUGUUUUGCAGGAUUGGGCACUGGAAGAGUUGAAGGGGAUCCCAAAUCAUGUUGUGUUUAUAAAGACAAUCUCAGAUUUUCAGUGGACUAUCUUGUGUUGGUUUUCCAAUCUUGUCAUUGCAGGUAUUAUGUUGAAAAAUGUAUAAGGUUACUUUUUCAAAACUGGGGAAAAGAUAGAAUGCAUUUAAGGCUUUUUAGUUAAUUAACUCCUUUUUGUUUGUGUGUGUUCUGUAUUGCUAUGAUAGAGCAGCAAUAAAGUUCAAAUAAAAAUGUUUGCUUGCUUUCCUA